AUGGUUGGAAGUACUUGGGGCCUUACACCGGCGGCGGCUCACUGGAUUUAUAGUUGCAUCAUCUUACCGAGGUUGUUCUUCGGUGCGUUGAUAUGGUGGGAAGGUAUACGAAACGUAAGGAUUUGUAACAGAUUGGAAAGUUUGCAGCAUGUGGGUUUAAAAAGGAUCUUGGGAGCGUUUCGAAGUUCUCCUAUGAGAGCGAUGGAAGCAAUGUUGGCGAUGCCGCCGCUUUCCUUUCGUAUUGAAGAGGUGGCGAUACGAACUGCGAAGUUGUUACGUGACUGGGGCAAAUGGCAACCGACGGACAGAGGUCACUCGUCAAUUUUAAUAAAAUGUAUACCUGAAACAGAGAGAAAUCUUUUAAUGGUUUUGGAAGCUGCUACCGACAAGAUCAGUCUGACGUUUUGCUUUGGGAAAAGAUUUAGGACUAUGAUUCCUGGGAGAGACGAGUGGAAGAAUGGUAAGCUGGAGGGAUUUGCAAACUGGAAUACAUGGUUUACGGACGGUAGCAAGGAUGAAGAAAAUGCUACGGGUUGUGCAUGGGUUUCGGAAUCAACGGGUGAGAGUGGAUCGGAAUAUUUAGGUAAAUUUGCAACGGUAUACCAGGCGGAGGUUGUAGCAGUAUUGAGGUGUGCGGAAGGUUUAAUCAGAAGUGGGAUAAGAGGUGAAAAUAUUAUUAUAUUUACGGAUAGUGAAUCAACGGUAAAGACUAUGGAGAGAUCGAGUUUCAGAUCGGCAAUUGCACUGGAGUGCUGUGAAAUUUUAAAUGAAUUGGCACUGAUUAAUAGAAAGGUAGUUUUAAGUUGGUGUCCGGGACACAGAGGUGUUUCUGGUAACGAGGAAGCUGACAGAUUGGCGAAGCUUGUAGUGAAGGAAGGUAGACCGGGGGUUGAACCUUGGUUACCGGUAUCGUAUGCAGGAUUUAAAUCGGAAUUGAAGAAAUUCUCACAAUCACGACUGGCUAGCAGAUGGUCCGAAACGACGACUUGCAGGCAGGGAAGAGAGAUGAUUGGUGAAAUAUGCAUAG